ACUAAGACAACGUAUCAACCGCCGGAACCGCAACGCCUUCACUAAACAGACACGACCUCCUGCCGUUUCACAGAAGCAGAAUGUCGACUUCCGGUCUGCUUUUUCAGCGCCGCAGCGUGACGGCUGCUACCUACAAGCGCUCAUCUAAUCGCCAGACUCGGCUCAACGUGGUGGCCUUUGGCGGCCAGCAGGGGGCAGCCCCCGAGCAUGCCGCCCGCGCUCGGACGACGCCGCAAGCCUCGAUGGCUGCUUCGACCAUGCCCGGGCCCCAGGGGGCUGAGCUGGGCAACUGGCUGCGUCAACUUGACCUGUUCUUCAGCAAGUCGCGCGACACACGGUCGCUGUCUGAGAUUAGUGACUUCAACAUGAGCGAUGAGGAUCAUGAUGACGACCACGCCAGCCACAUGUAUGUAUCUCACCUGGCCGCUCGUAUGGCUAUGGAGCCGCUCCCUGGCCGCGAGUAGAACGUGGUCAAUCCAGCAGGAUACCACGCGCGGGACCACGUGCUUACGACUGGUGGCGAGCUGAACGCGGCUGACCACCAAGGGCACAUGUCUUCUUUCGUGGCGGCCCAUGCGGGGAGCAGACUCCUGGGACGUGGGACCGCCUUGUACCGUAUGGCUAUCAUUUGGCGCUUUGCCGUGCGCUACGUCUCCCAAUUUAUGACGUUGAGGAUAGGCCGGACCCCCCCUGGAGACAGGGGCAGUAGUCAGUAGGGGUUGCCACGUGCCGCCACCUCGUGCCAUUCCAGAGGGGCUGUCGUUGCCACCCUCCUAAAGUAGGAGCUCCGUGCUCCGAUUUUGCGUGUCAAGGUCCUGGGCCUUGUGUGUGCGAUAUCCAGUGUGACGUGGCCGUGCAAGCUUCGACUAAUGUGGUACCCCGGCACAGACUGAUGCCCUUCACUCUCCCGGUAUCUUUCGUUGUAUGCAUCUGCCUCUAAUUCUGCAGCAGUGGUUGUGCGUGGGCAUUUGCAGUCUGUGUUAGGGAAUGUGGUAUGGGGGCCAUGGUUUUGGCUUGAGCGGGAGAGGCGUUGAGCGCGCGGUUUGCUGUGCCCGCGCUCCGCCUGCAGGAUGUCCCGUGCGGGGGCCGUUCAUGAGUUAGCGAACUGACCAGUCGUGCAGUGAAAUGUGACAUGUCAUCGUGCAGGGGGUUUCAUUCUAGCUGGUAGGCCAGGCGUAUGCAGAUGCUCGUCUCGCAGGAUUCUGUUCAAGUGCUGUGUAUACGUCUGACGCUGCUGACAAGGAAACGGAAGGACAGGCGCCGACUUGCGGAGACCUUCGCCGCAAGUUGUGGGGCUAGGUGGAAUACAAAAAAUAUGAAGGUGCCGCUGGUAGGCGGGGGAAACCCCAGCCCCAGCUGGCCAAACCCGUAUCCUGACUGAGACGGACCCGUGUCAAGGACUGUGCAGUGCGUGCUAAUUUUUCGGGAAGAAUGUUCUUUUGGGUGGGGAGGAUUCCCUUGCGAUUCUGGGGAGUGAAUUUUAGAUAGCUAUUAUUAGUUUACUCAGUACGCGGGACGCUGUGUUCGCUCGGAUGGUUACGGAGCGUACGGUGCCAUAGCGGCACUUAGGUGGCGCACAAGGAGGUGGGGCCGUGUGCCCUGGCAGUGGCGCUGGGGACCAGGGGGAAGGAUGGAGUAAGGCGGAUGAGGGCGGUGCAAGAGGCGGACGCUGUGUUUGUGCAGUGUUCCCGCCCCCGCCGUCUGUAACGAAAGAUGGCU